CCCUCCGCCUGACCCCUGCGCAAAGCAUGCUGGUAGUUAUGGGCUGUGCAAGUCUGCUGUCCCACCAUGCGAUAGGACCGGUCUAUCGCUCCGCAUUUUUCUCCCAGCUUCGGUACUUCCGGGAUUUCUGGUCCUAGUGUGCGUGUCGGGAUUCCAGCCUGACUGUCCCCGGCCCUAUGUAGGAGGACCAGACCCUGACCGUUCAUCCUGAGCCGUCUGAUCCCACCACGAACGGGCCAUGCAUGGGAAGUUGCUGCCGCUGGCCGGCCUCUAUCUUGUGCAGGGUCUGCCCUAUGGACUGCAGUCCAGUUUGCUUCCCAUUUUACUGCGGGCCCGUGGCCUCUCCCUAACGCGCGUGGGUCUAACCAAGGGAUUGUAUGCUCCAUGGCUGUUAAAGCUGGCGUGGGCACCGCUGGUGGACAGGCGGGGCACCCCGCGGGUCUGGUUAACACUCAGCACACUGUCCCUGGGCUUGGUGUGUGGACUGCUGGCUGUGUUGCCUCCUCCGCAAGCUGGCCAAACAGGGCUACCUACCACCGUGAUGGGGCUGCUACUGCUGCUGAAUCUGGGUGCAGCGGUGCAGGAUGUGGCUCUGGACACACUCGCUGUGCAACUCCUAGAGCCAAAGGAGUUGGGACCUGGGAACACUGUACAGGUGGUCGCUUACAAGCUGGGAUCAGCACUGGCUGGGGGUGGACUGUUGGUCCUCUUCCCGGCUCUCUCUUGGCCACUGCUCUUUUUGCUCCUAGCUGCCACCUACUGGCUGGCUGCUGCCUUAGCCUGGGUUGCACCAGCCUUGGGAAGGCUGCCAUGGCCUCAGGCCUCAGAGCAUACACUCCACAGCUCCUAUCUUCUACAAGAUUUGCUGGCUGUGCCUGGGACCCUCUGGACAGCGGGCUUUGUGCUCACCUACAAGCUGGGUGAGCAGGGUGCUGGCAGCCUGUUUCCACUUCUCCUGCUGGACCAUGGUGCUUCUGCCUCAGACUUGGGGCUAUGGAGUGGCUUGGGUGCUGUGACCUGCUCCAUUGCUGGCUCUUCCUUGGGUGGGGCUCUACUGGCCAGGCACUGGCAGCCACUAAAGCUGUUGAAGACAGUGCUGCAGCUCCGCCUUGGGGGUUUGGCCUGCCAGACUGCUCUGCUCUUCCACCUCAACACCCCAGGGGCCAGCGUGGACCCUGGCACAGUCAUGAGAGGGGCAGCUUUGCUGAGCCUAUGUCUACAACAGUUUUUGGGGGGUGUGGUUACCACUGCCACAUUCACUGUGAUGAUGCACUGUAGCCAGCUGGCACCCAGAGCCCUGCAGGCUACACAUUACAGCUUCCUGGCCACUCUGGAACUGUUGGGCAAGCUGCUCCCAGGUACCCUAGCCGGCGUGCUGGCUGACAGCCUGGGCCCACAUCUCUGCUUUGCUGUCUUCCUUGUACUCUCAGCCCUGCCUGUUCUGGAUCUCCUCCUGGCACCCAGUAACCUGACCUGAGCUGGACAUUGGUUAGGGCUGUCUAUAAAGCCAAUAAAGCUAUGUAUGUCCUGGAUGUCUGGGACACAGGGAAAUGCAGCUCUCCUCAAACUGAAGGCUAUGUUGCCAGAAAGCACAUAAAAUUACUGAAUGCUUUUUA